ACAAGUUGACCAUCACCAAAGCUAUCAAAAUAUCAACAAGUCUGUGCACCUGUCAGCCCUUUAGAAUAAGAGAAUAAAAUCAAGAAGAAAAAAAGGUAGACAAGAUCUUUUUCAAAAUUCCUAACAACUUUGUACUACCAUUUAAUGAUAAGAACCAUCUCCAAGACCUGCUCGAACCCCUGGGGCCCUACUAACCUCAGCCUUCAUCGAGCCAUCACGGGUUCCUCCUGGAAAAUGGUGAAAUACCUCAACCAGAAGGAAGCGAUAAAAGUAGACGAGGACCUCUUCAAGUCCUACCGCUUCAGCGUUGAUCAGCUGAUGGAGCUAGCAGGUCAGGCCUGUGCAAUUGCCAUAACCAAGACCUAUCCCCCAUCAAAAGCAAUCCCCAACCCCGUCCUCAUCUGUUGCGGCCCUGGCAACAACGGUGGAGAUGGUCUAGUUUGCGCUCGACACCUCAAACUCUUCGGAUACGAUCCCGAGGUCUACUAUCCGAAAAAAACCACCAACAAACUCUACGAAAACCUCAUGCACCAGUGCACACAAAAUGGCGUCACGGUACACGACAAAAUGGCCGACAUUAAGGACUCAAAGGAAUUCAAAGUGAUAGUCGAUGCUCUCUUCGGUUUCAGUUUCAAACCACCAGUGAGGGAGGAAUUUGUACCCAUUAUCGAGUACCUGAAGAGAGCAGAGAGGCCCAUUUGCAGUGUGGAUAUACCAUCGGGAUGGGAUGUGGAGGCUGGGCCUCCAGAAGAUGAGGGAAUCAAACCGGAAAUGCUAAUUUCAUUAACAGCACCAAAAUUGUGUGCAAAAAAAUUCAAAGGGAUUCAUUUUCUUGGUGGGAGAUUUGUCCCAAAGAAUUUGGAGGUAGAGUGUGGACUGAAAUUACCAGAGUACCUUGGAACUGAACUUGUUGUCUUAUUGUGAAGAAUUUACAAUAAAUACACCAUGGAAUUUUCA